AAGGGAGGCGUGGUCAGAGGUGAGGACGACAGGAAAGCGGGUCACAACGUACUAUAGCCCCCUGUGACAUGAGCGGGGUCCUUGUGGUGGCGGACUGUCCGGCGAUGGUGGUGGUGGGUGUACCCUCCACCCGAGCUGGGCGCGGUGGCAUGGUGGCGGCGACCGAAGAGAGGCAUGAUGAAGUUGGGAUAUGAGGUGGUGAUUGGUGAUUGGUGGUGGGUAAAAUGCGAACGAUUAUUUGUUCGUAGAGGCGCGAAGCAAGAGGGCUGUCAAGUGAAGAGAUCCCACUUCUUCCUGCCUUUAUACUUGCAAGUCCUGAUCAACGACGUCAGGCACUGCGUGUCGCUCCGAGGGGGAUUCUCGCAGCAGGGCUCCAUCUUGCAGUGCUACGACUCCAUGAUUCCGUCAAGCCCAGGCAUGCCUUGCAAUGCAGAGGGCACGCUGCACUCGCUGGCUGUUGGCGUCAUCAUCGCGCAGUGCCAAGAUUCAGGCCUUCAGCAACUGAGAAACUGUUGGGAAGCAUCCUGUACUUUUUUAGGGUCUCUUGGCUGGCCUAGUCGGUGCUUGAGAACAUCGCCGGCCUGAUUGCAGGACUAGCAUCUUUAGGUCACCACGCUGCGAGUGAAUGAGGGGAGACAAUAUGC